CUGACGUCAGACACUGCGCGACAUGCCGGAUAGAAACGCGUUUGACAGCAGCGCCUGAAUGUUGUUGUUGUUGUUGUUGUUGUUUCUUUGUUUUUAAAGUUAAAUACUGGACCACCGUUCAAACCACACAUGCAGCCAUCAGGCUGUGGAUGGUUUGUAAACCUAACUUAAGUCUCUGCUCCGCAAAUCCAUUAAAAACAACCUCACAACGACGGUUAAGCGACGUUAGCGUUAGCGAGCAGCUAACGGUACAACCACGGGGACUAACGGACACUAACGGACACUAACGGUCACUAACGGCAGCAUGAGUCAUGGAUACGGCGGCGGAGGUGGAAGGAGAGGCAGAAGAGGAGGUCGAGGAGGGUACAGGGAUGGGAGCAGAGAGAGAUGGGACAGAGGAGGAGGAGGAGGAGGAGGAGGUUCAAGAGGACACAGUUCUGACUUUGACCAGGAUGGAGGAGAAGGAGGAGGAGGAGGUGGAGGACAACGGGACCGUCCUCCUCCACACCUGAAGGGCCGUGAGAUUGGUCUGUGGUAUGCAAGAUACGGAGCCGUGAGGAGGAAACAGGCUGACCGGAGAUCGCGGGCGGUGGUCCAAAUGGAUGAGGCCCGAGAGCAGCACAUCACUAAGCUGCUGAACUCCGUCCAAAAUGAUCAGCCUGGUCCACAGAGAAACAGCUGGGAUGCAAGAGCCUCUACAUCUGGCAACUGGCAAGCAGCUGCCAAUAGAGGUGGUCAUUGUUUCUUUGAUGGGGAUGAGCCUGAAGAAGAUAAACUGAAGGUCGAGGUCAAAUCUGAGGAGGAAGAGGAAGAAGAAAUGGGCUCAAAGAAAGCAACUCAAAAAUCACAACGUUACUUCUCCUCGGCAGUCGUCAAAGACGAGCCUCCGGACACGUGGGAUGAUGAUGAAGAAGAGCAGCAGCAGGAGGAGGACAAGGAGGAGAAGGAGGAUAAAGAGAAACUAAGAAGGAAAGACAAGGAUCUGGAGUUCUUAUUUCAGGAAGUAGUCCGAGACAGUUCACUGGAUGAACGCUUAAAGAGAGAGCUGGCGAGCAAGAAAUCAGAUACAAAAUACAAAGAAAUGCUGAAAUUCAGGGAGAAACUACCGUCAUAUGGGAAAAAAGAGGAGCUGGUCCAGCUGAUCAACUCGAACCGUGUCCUGGUGGUGAGUGGGGAAACAGGGUGUGGAAAGACCACUCAAGUCACCCAAUUCAUCCUGGAUGACUACAUCAAUAGAGGCGUGGGCUCCAUGUGCCGCGUGGUCUGCACGCAGCCUCGUCGCAUCAGUGCCAUCUCGGUAGCAGAGCGUGUAGCAGCAGAGAGGGCAGAAAGUGUAGGAAACGGAAAUUCCUGUGGUUACCAAAUCCGCCUGCAGAGCCGGUUACCACGGAGACAAGGUUCGGUCCUGUACUGUACAACAGGCAUUAUUCUUCAGUGGCUCCGCUCAGACCCAUUGUUGUCCAGUAUCAGCCACCUGGUGUUGGACGAGAUCCACGAGAGAAACCUGCAAUCUGAUGUUUUGCUCAUCAUUGUGAAGGAGCUACUCAACCUCCGAGACGACCUCAGUGUCAUCCUCAUGAGUGCCACACUCAACGCGGAGAAAUUCUCUAGAUAUUUUGACAACUGUCCAGUGAUCAACAUCCCUGGUUUGACGUUCCCAGUGGAAGAAUUCCUACUUGAAGACAUAGUGGAGAUGACCAGGUAUCGUCCUCAGAAUCAGGACCGUCGCCCCACAUGGAAGAGAGGCUUUUGGCAGGGGCGCAACGCCAGACCUGAGAAGGAGGAGAAAGAGGCUGAAUACAAGGAGAGCUGGCCUUGUUACGCACGCACACUACAGGGCAGAUACUCUGACAACACCAUUCAAACGCUGGAGAUGUUGGACAACGAUGAUAAGAUUGACCUGGAGCUGAUCCUGGCACUGAUUCGCCAUAUUGUACUCAGUGAAGAGGAAGGAGCUAUCUUGGUCUUCCUGCCUGGCUGGGACAACAUCAGCAGUCUCAAUGACCUGCUCAUGGCUCAGCAGAUGUUCAGAUCAGAACGAUUCGUUAUCAUCCCUCUGCAUUCCCUCAUGCCUACGGUCAAUCAGACGCAGGUCUUCAAAAGACCUCCUCCUGGAGUUAGAAAGAUUGUGAUUGCUACGAAUAUAGCCGAGACCAGCAUCACCAUAGAUGAUGUUGUUUUUGUGAUAGAUGGAGGCAAAAUUAAGGAGACUAACUUUGACACCAACAACAACAUCAGCACUAUGAUGGCCGAGUGGGUCAGCCUGGCCAAUGCCAAACAGAGGAAAGGACGCGCCGGCAGAGUGUGUCCAGGGAAGUGCUAUCAUCUGUACAAUGGUCUCAGGGCCAGUCUGCUGGAUGCCUAUCAAUUACCUGAAAUCAUGAGGACGCCGCUGGAGGAGCUGUGCCUGCAGAUCAAGAUAUUGAAGCUCGGGUCUAUCGCUCGAUUCCUGGAGAAAGCUUUGGACCCCCCAACUGAACAGGCCGUCAACCUAGCCAUCAAGAACUUGACAGACCUGAACGCCCUGGACCGCGUGGAGAAUCUAACAGCGCUGGGUUUCCACUUGGCUCGUCUACCUGUGGAGCCUCACAUUGGCAAACUCAUCCUGUUCGGAGCUCUGUUGGGCUGCCUCGACCCCGUACUCACCAUUGCUGCUUCACUCAGCUUCAAAGACCCUUUCUUCAUACCCCUGGGGAAAGAGAAGAUGGCAGACAUGAGGAGGAAGCACCUGUCUAGAAACUCCAAGAGUGACCACCUCACUAUUGUCAAUGCCUUCCAGGGCUGGGAGGAAGCCAAACAGCGUGGUGGCAGGUGUGAGAGGGAGUACUGCUGGGACAAUUUCCUGUCUGCCAAUACACUCCAGAUGCUGCAAAACAUGAAGGGCCAGUUUGCCGAGCAUCUAAUGCAUGCAGGCUUUGUCAGCAGCAAGGACCCCAAAGACCCCAAAUCUAACGUCAACUCAGACAAUGAGAAGUUAAUAAAGGCGGUGAUCGUAGCUGGUCUGUACCCGAAGGUGGCCAUGAUCAGACCAUCACACAGCAAAAAGAGGCCGGGGGCUAAGGUGUACACCCAGGCUGAUGGAAAGGUGUGUAUCCACCCGAAAUCUGUCAACGCCGAAGAGAGUGAGUUCAACUACACGUGGCUCAUCUACCACCUCAAGAUGAGAACGAGCAGCAUCUUCCUGUACGAUUGCACCGAGGUGUCUCCGUUCUCGCUGCUGUUCUUCGGAGGGGACAUCACAAUCCAGAAGGACGGGGACCAGGAGACCGUGGCGGUGGACCAGUGGAUCGUCUUUAGAUCCCCAGCACGGAUCGCUAACCUUGUCAAGAGCUUAAAGAACGAGCUGGAUUCUCUAUUGGAGGAGAAAAUUCGUAACCCUGCUCCCGUGGACUGGCAAAACCGCCAGUCCAAAGACUGCGCUGUCAUCACAGCCAUUAUAGACCUCAUCACCACCCAGGAGAAGCCUACAGGCGGCACGAAAGGCCACGGCAGACCGUGGGCGUCUGCCCCGAGAGGACAACACGUGUACUUCAACGACGAUGACGACGAUGACGACGAUUAAGAAGCGGGCGUGUAUUUUUGUCUGUCUGUGAGGAGAAGGGCCUGGGAAAUGACUGACUGUAUCCUGGGACACAGAGGGUUAAGAUGGGAUAUUUAUGAUAAGCAGCUGGCCUCCUUGAUUGAAACUUUAGGACUCCCUGGGCGCUCCUGAAAGCCAAACCCAGGACGCAUGAGUACUGAAAAAUGGUAUGCACUUGAAUGACUCCCAUCAUUCUUUUUUUUUUUUAAUUUUGCCUAUUAAGUCAUUUUGCAAGGACCAAGCCAUGUACAAAUACAGCUGUUUUUUGUUCUGUUGUUUAGUUUGUACAUUUCUGGUUUGGAGAAGUUUUGCUCUUGUUUUGGAGGAAUGUCACAAAAUGGCCUGUGUAAUAAUAAAGAAAGGAUGUAUCAUCAAA